AUGGACGCAAAUCCUUUCGACGCCCCUGGGCCUCUCGCCGGCUUUUACGAUGAUGGACAAGCCAUGUGGAACACGGCCUUCCCCGUGCUGCCAAGGGGACCUUGCAACUACACGGAUCCCGCCCUGCCGCGCUGCGGUUGCCGCCGCUUCUGGAGCAAGCUGAAUGCCACGCCCGAUUCUGCUGAGCUCUGCCAGUGCUCCCAUCAUGCCUGCUUCCACGACGAUUUUCCAGCCCCUUCACAGCUCCCGCCUACUCCUUCCCUCGCAUUCGCUGGUCUUCCUCCCACUAAUAUCCAGAAGUCGAACUCGUUCAUGGGCACUCAACAUACAAGGGGGCUACCGAGCCCAAUGGAGGAAAUACACCAGUCUUUUGUGCCCAACAGGUCUUCCCAUCUUGGAGUCUCUAUGGAUUUCGGCCUCAUGAAUUUCCAUGCUUCCAGUUUCAACCAGCGUAUAGUGGCUUCCCAGCCUCUACAAAUUCAGGAACAACCAUACCAGUCUAUGGAGAAGCAGGCUGCCAUUCUGGAUGAAGCUCCUGUUACCGGCUGGAAUAACGGGAACAAAACCCAGCAGACCGAAGGAUACGAGGAGACACAGCCAUUGAGCCCAGAUAAUUUCUUGAUGCCUUCCCAGGCCCCAUCAACUACAGCUUCUAGCCAGAGGAGAUACAUGGCGCCGUUUUUUGGGAAAGGACUGGAUACACUAACACGUCCAUCCGCGCUUAGAAAGGAAGCCUCCAAUCCGGAGAAAGGAGCAGAGCAUCUCGAGGGACCCGUGCAAGCGAACCCCCAGGAUGUAUGCGGCCCAAUGGACUUGAUGGCACCGCUCCAGUAUAAGCCGGACAUGACGCCCAGACCUGGAUCAGCGCAUAACCAGUCGUUCCUUGCUGUCAAGGAUGAUUUAAAACACAUAACGAAUGUUAUUAAUCUCCAGGAGCAUAGGAUAGACAGGCUUGAGAACACAUCCUUCUCGGUUAUAGGUCACGACGAUUGCUAUGACAAGCAUGAGCACACGGAUCUCCGAGUCACGGAGCUUGAGUCUCGUGUUGACGAGGUAGAGAAGAUUCUGAAUGACAAUGCCAGUGUCGCCGGCGCAAGUGUGGUCUCGGCGGUAUCUAAUAGCACAGUCCGUUCAUCCCAGAAGGUUACUCUAAGUCAGUUCCAGGCCCUACAGGCACAGAUCAGUGAGCUUCAGGCGACAUCUCUCCCAACGUAUAACAAACCUUGGGAUCUGGAAGUUGUUUUUCUACCGUUUCCUCUCAAGGGUAUCUGGGUGGAUGCCCGCAGAAUCUUCGACCUGCGACAGUCGAUGGGCCCCGACGAAGACUGGACACAACUGCCUAGCACUUUGAGCAGAGCCACGCCAGACCCUCAUGACCCAGGAUUCUCGGAAUGGCCAGGACAAUAUCCCGAUUCCGGCUGGAUGUUACCGAAAGCUUUUGCGAAUGGACGGAUGAUUGACCAAAGGCUCAGAAGCCGUGGCUUCAUCAAGACGGUCCAAGUAAGGGGACCGGAUGCCCGUGAUGUUCAGUUGGCAAUCCACAAAGCUUUUGGCAAUGUCAUUGAGCCUUCUUCCCACCUACUCUACCACAGCAAAGCUGCGCCCGAGUCGCCACUGAAUGAAUUCCCCGGAUUGCGCCAGGAUUGGGUGCCUUUGCGCAAAAUCCACCGAGAUAACCGCCUCCGGUUUCUCGCUCCGGCCGAAAUGGCAACACCAGCUCUUUGGGGUUUUACCUUUUUGAUGUCUAGUGUCGUCAUGAAGGCCCCCAAAACCAUUGGGACGCACCGUCUGUACAUCACACAACCAGAAGCGUACAUCCAAGAUUAUAUCAUGGGUUAUCGUGCUCUUAGGCCAUCUUGGACAUGGCAAAGGGUACGUGAGCUCAGUCGGGUAUACCCCGAAACGCAUGACCCUGACGAGACAGCCAGUGAUCCUGAUGGUACCCCUGAGGCAGAUGCCCUUGAAGAGUGCUGGACUAGGAGCGACAUUCUUGAUGAGGUGCCCAUUACAGACGCUGCCAACCAGCGGAAUGGCCAGGCGCAGUUAUCAUCUGAACGUUCCGACACGGCUUCGUUUCACACGGCUUCAUCAUUCAGUAAAGCGAGUGGAACGGGAGCAGAGUCGCCACAGACAGUUUUAUGGAAAGAGCGAAAGGCUUCCUUGGCAUCCCUUUCGCGGUCCCGUUCAUUCUCACCGGCUGGCCCGUCUAGCAGCUCCCCGACUGGGAGGAGUCACAAACAGUCAUCUCUCACCCGCUAUACGAAGAAACCUUAUGAUCGUCAAUCCUCUCCCCGUGUGUCCGGCCGCGGCUCUUUGGUUCCAGGGGGACAUCAUCAAAGUCCGCCGACCAACGCCUUUUCACCACCAACUGUGUCGAUUAAGAAACGACGCGGAAAGGACCCAGACCCGACAGAUCUUGACUAUCCUCGCCAAACUGCGUCCAACUAUGGUCGGAACCGUGACCGGUCCAUGAGCCGUCGGUGCAUGAGCCGCUCGCCCACGCCUGCCUUUUACGCCACGCCGCGCAGCGAACGCUUUCCGUCUGAGGUGGGAUUCCAUCGCGGUAGCAGCCGCGGGCCCUUGCUCCCCUCAGAUGGCUAUGCUCAGGACAGCGAUCAAGAGAUGACGGGGCUAUCCAGCGGGAGUGAUGAGGGCAACGAUGAGGAUGACGGUGAUGAUGAGGACGACGAGAUGACGGACUGUCCGAUCGACGACGCGGCUACCCCGAAACGCUUCAGUUCUUCUGAGAGUGUUAGCGAUUUCUUCUUUGACCCUGAUGUCGACGACCAUGACCAAGAAGACGAGCUAGAUGGGGCAAAGACGGACGGUGAGGGCCAGGGUCAAGGCCACGGCCAGGCAAGACCGUUGAAGUCUCAAGACAUUCCGCGAGCGGGCAUCGAGACCGAUAACGACGAUUUCGGACCCUUCAGUCAACACAGUCAGAGUCCAUUGCAUGAUACGCAGGAAGACCUAGACAUCAACGUUGAUGAAGAAAGAGAAGAAAUCGGCUGUGACGACGACAACGAUGGUAACCAAACAGAUCAUUCUGAGGCACCAAGCGAGUAUCCUAGCAAGAAUAUCUCCGCUGCUCUGUCGCCGGAAACCACGAGAUUACCUAGCCCACUGAUCUCCUCCGGGCGAGGGAGUCGAAGCGGCGGAAUCCAGGGCGGUAGCCAACAGCAACAUCAACAAGGGUAUCAACAAUCGUACCCAUACCCCCGGGCGCUCACCAAGAACCAGAAUUUGGUACUGGACAUUCAAGAUGUCAUCCGGCUGGGACAUCAUGAGGAGCACCCUCACCAGCGUGAGAGCCAGGAACUACCGCCCCAGCUACAGCAUCAUAGUCCGGUGGCGACGGAGGCGGGGAGCCAGGAGCUGGGUGAAGCUCCGAGUCAUGUGUCAAGAUCGUCGCAAGCUACGACCGUCAUUAAUACUGUCACAACUUCCAACGCCGCGGGUACUGCCACCAUGUCGAAGGGCAAGGAAAGGAACAUGGACGUAAAAGCGACGGAGACAGAUACACAGAUAUGGCGAGGCAAACCUACUGCAACUACAGCUACAGCUACAGCUACAGCUACGAAACCAGAAGCGUCCUGGGUAGGCUGGGCAGAGACGGCGACGGGGAAGUGGUCCGGGUUUGAGUUUGAGAUUCAUGAAGACGAGACGAGGACUGGGACUGGGACUCAAGGGUGA